GCCGGCGCCGGAAGUUGGGGGGGCGGGCUAGAGGAGGCGCGGUCUCCUAGGUCCAUGGCGGGCUUCUUACUGAUACCGGGGUCCGCUAUGCGGCUUCCGGGGAGCCGACUUUGGCGUCUCCUGCCCCACGGACUCGGGGUCUGGGCCCCGGCGGACGGGACCGCCGGAGCCUGGAUGAGGCAGCUCUGCGCGCUGCGAGAGGAGGCGCGACGGACCUCGGAGCUCGCUCGCAGCUGCCGGGGAGACCGGCCCCUCUGCACGGCGACGCCACCUCCACCGGGGUCGUCGGGUCCCGAGCCGAAGGGCCGCAGAGACCCCACGCGGCCCUCCAAGCCCGGGCCUGUUUCCUGGAAGUCUUUAGCAUUCACAUUUGCUAUUGGUGGAGCCUUAUUGGCUGGAAUGAAGUACUUCAAGAAAGAAAAGACAGAGAAGCUAGAGAAGGAGCGGCAGCGGAGCUUGGGAAAGCCUCUCCUCGGGGGCCCGUUUUCCCUCACGACUCAUACUGGAGAGCCCGUCACUGACCAAGACUACCUGGGUCAGUGGGUCCUGAUUUAUUUUGGUUUCACUCAUUGCCCUGAUAUCUGUCCAGAAGAACUAGAAAAAAUGAUUCAAGUCGUGGAUGAGAUAGAUGGAAUUCCAACUCUGCCAAAUUUAACUCCGCUUUUCAUCACUAUCGACCCAGAGAGGGACACCAAAGAAGCCAUCGCCAAGUAUGUGAAAGAAUUUUCUCCCAAACUGGUUGGCUUGACUGGCACCAAAGAAGAGAUCGACCAAGUGGCCAGAGCGUACAGGGUGUAUUACAGUCCUGGCCCCAGGGACGAGGACGAGGACUACAUCGUGGAUCAUACAAUAAUAAUGUACUUGAUUGGACCAGAUGGCCAGUUUCUAGAUUAUUUUGGCCAGAACAAGAAGAAUGCAGAAAUAGCUGGUUCCAUUGCUGCGCACAUGAGGGAACGUAGGAAAAAGAGCUAGCCAGAGCAGUGGCGCCGGGUGGAUGUUCUCUUGCCAAAGAAGAGAAAAGCUUUGUCUCCCAUAGGAGCCAACAUCUAUCUGUGUAUAUACAUGUGCAACCGACAGAAUGGCCUUCGUACCGCAAGAAUAUCUGUAUUGUGGACAUUAUGGGUGCAGGACAAAUGGGUAUUAUGUUACCCUUGGGUUCAGCCAAAAUCGAUUCUUGGAACUGUAAAGAUUACAAGCGAAUAGUCGCUUGAGACCGGAGGACCAAGUUACUGUGAAGCCGUGGGAUGGACUCAGGAGAGACUCAGCAGGUGCAUUUCUCCACGUCAGAGGGGCCCUCGGAUCAGCACUGCUGUCUCUCCUGUGUCCUGGACCCUUGUCGCCAGGGUUGUGGGGCUGAAUUUCCAGGAAGAGUAAUUUCCACGGUGCCCUUGCUUUCCUCCUCGAGUUCUUGGUGGCUGAUAACAGUCAAAUUAAAAUCGGGCUCUUGGACAUUCACAGUUGGGUUUUUAGAUCUGAAAGCAUUUAAGUAUAGUCUUCUGUGCGAACAGACACCAUGGUCAAGUUUGUAUUGUGCUUCCAUCGGCACCUGCUGAUUUUACUAACGAGGAAGUCUGUUGUUUGGGGAAGAUGGGUCAGUUUCUCUAGGGGUCUUUUAUGUGGUUUUCAUUUAAAUGUGCCGGGUUUUCAGGCAGCUACCAAAUGGACAAAAGAGGAUCUUGAAUCGGGACUGUGACACAGGGUUCUCCUCUGCCUUGGCUGGGUUGCAGUGGGUGUGAAAUAAAGGUGUGCUCGGUUUUGCA